GGCGCUUUUGAUCAUGUCUUUUAUGUUGAAUUAUGGAUGGCCGCUUUAACUGGAUUGGCAGAAGAAUAUAACGAUUACCCAGGUCCAGGAGGUCAUUCUCUUUUAUGGAAAAGUUUUGUGCUGGUCAAGCUUCCUGCAUUAAUCGAAAAGCUGGAAGCAAGAAAAUCAUUAAAAUUUGGUGAAAAUGAAGAGAUUAAGUUUGGGCGUAAUGAAUGUGUCUUUAAUCAAUUGUCUGGGUUUCGAGGAUUAUUUAAUGCAUGUAAUCAGAAAGUGGAGGAAAUAAUUGAAGAUAUUUUUCAGGUUCCUGAUAUAUCAGCUGAUAUCUUGAAAGCGUGCUUUAAGAGGAAUCUUGUAAGACGAGAAUUUGUAUUACGAAUAUUGGAACUCGAAUGGAGUGGAUUUGAUUCAAUGGAAACCGAUUCUUAUGCUGGUAGCAUCCUAAAUGAUCCUAAUAGCGAGAUGAUAGAAAACUUUGUGUCCACGGUUCCUAUGCAUUUUUUAGAUCAGGAAUCAAGAAUAGAAACGAUAUUAAGGCUAAUAACAGAGUGGUGUAAUAAGCGAGAGUUACGACAUUUGUCAAUAUUAUGUCGUCUUCUUUGCGAAACUUCUGCUCUUCUUGAUAUUAUUCAUCUAUAUCGUCAUCCUUCUGAAAUUUUACAACCUUUGGAACAAUUAUGUAAUACAUGGGAAAGAUCUGAUGAUGAUGACUUUGGUAAUAUUUCAUCAUAUA